GUGGGCCAUAAUUGAUAUUGGAUUCAAGAUGGCAGGGAAGUUCUGUCUUCAUAACUUGAGAGAGGUCAAACUUGGUCCCAGUGGAGUACCCUGAUGUAGGUGAAGUAAGAGCUGGUGCUCUAUAAACGCCAUGAAGAGACAGAGAUCAUGGGAGGACAAAGAUCUCCUGGGAAACAACACAGAGGACAACACCGACAACCGUGAUGAGUUCUCGUCUCUGAGAUUGUCUUGGUCCCUGGCGGACACCAUGAACUACGUGGGCCAGCUGGCAGGUCAGGUGCUGGUAACUGUCAAAGAACUCUAUAAGGGCAUCAAUCAGGCCACAUUGUCGGGCUGCAUCGAUGUUGUGGUCGUCCGCCAGAGAGAUGGCACCUACCAGUGCUCACCAUUCCAUGUGCGCUUUGGCAAGCUGGGCGUACUGCGCUCCAAAGAGAAAGUGAUCGACAUUGAAGUGAAUGGAGAGCCGGUAGAAUUGCACAUGAAGCUUGGUGACAAUGGAGAAGCCUUUUUUGUUCAGGAAACUGAACAGCUGAACCAGAUUGUCCCUGCCCACCUCGCCACCUCUCCAAUCCCCACCGAGAGUCAUCUGUUCUGGAUCUCGGAGGUUGAGCAAAAAGAGCUGGAGGAUGACACAGCUGACCAAGAGGACCCGCCCGAUCCUCCUACCCCGAGCACCAUGGCAACGAAGAAGAAGAAGAGGCGGAGGAAGAAGCACAAGGGGGAUCCCCGAAGAGAAGAGCUGACCCCUCCAAUGUCAGUCACUACUGGUAAUGCUAAUGCUGCUAACAUACCUGCUGCUAUGACUGCUGCUAUGUCCAGCGCGGGACAAAAUGAAGAGAUCUUUGAGAUGGACAUGAGCUCAGACGAGGAAGUUGCAGCACGUAUUUCAAGAUCACCAUCAGUGUCCACCAUGCGCGAUAUUGACCCAAAAUUACCUGCAGCCAGACACAACGUUGAUGGUUAUCCCCUGUCCGAUGGGGACUGGCCGGCAGAUGACAGUCAUGGCUUGUCUCAGGCUUUUUCCCCAAAGAGUGACUCUGAACUGAUGGUCAGACCCUCAGUGAGUAUGCUCAGAGCUGAGUCCCACAUGCAGUGGACUUGGGGAGAGUUUCCAGAAACAGCCAGGGUCCCCAAAAAAGAGAAACCAGAACUACUAAAGACGGUGACCAUCACCCCAUCAGACACCACCCAUUUCCGAGUUAUCCUUAGCUCUGAAGCCAUGGAGAACGAGACUGAGACUGAGACUGAAAAAGAAGACGCUGCCUCCUCCUCAGUGUGUACCAUUGUCAAGCCCAAGCCCCGCACCCCUAUCACCACUGUAACAUCUGAUAGUCUCCUCACACCCAUCUGCACAAUUACCUCUGUGAGUCCCAUAACCCCUGCAGAGCCCCUGGAUGUCCUGCCAUCAAAUGUGGCAACCUCCACUCCUUCCAACAGCCAACAGAGCGAUUCUCCCUCAAAGAAGAAAGGUGUCCCAAAAAGGAGCCAGCAUCAGGGACCUGAGGAUAUCUACUUAGAUGACCUGAAUGUACUUGAACCUGAUGUUGCUGCGCGAUAUUUUCCCAAGAGUGAGGCUGAGGCGGCGACUAAGCACUGGAUGGACUCAGAGAUCCACUCUGGCUCACAGUCUCCACAGUCGGUGGGCAGUGCAGCAGCUGACAGUGGGACAGAGUGUCUUUCUGAUUCAGCGAGUGACCUUCCUGACGUCACUCUUUCUCUGUGUGGAGGCCUCACAGAAAAUGCUGAAAUAUCCAAAGAAAGGUUCAUGGAGCAUAUCAUCACCUAUCAAGAGUUUGCUGAGAAUCCUGCGAUUAUAGAUAACCCCAACCUGGUUGUAAAGAUAGGAAAUAGAUAUUAUAAUUGGACACUAGCUGCACCCUUAAUUCUAAGUCUACAAGCAUUUCAGAAGAAUUUACCAAAGGCAACAGAGGAGGCCUGGGUGAAGGAGAAGAUGCCAAAGAAGUCAGGUCGCUGGUGGUUCUGGCGAAAAAGGGCAGAUAGUACAAUCAAGCAGUCGGAGACCAAGCUUGAAACCAAGGAGGAGUCUCAUCUGGAGGAGGAAGGACCCUCCAUGUCUCAGGAGAAACUGCCCAUGCCGCCUAAAGCAGGAGACACGUCCAGUGAUGAAGAGGGGAAGGAGGUGAGUGCUGCUUCCUGUCAGGACAGACUGCAGCCGGUGGAAGUUCAGCACCACACAAGCCCACACGCUUACAGGAAGUCACUGCGCCUCUCCUCUGAUCAGAUAGCUAGUCUGAAACUGAAGGAGGGACCCAAUGAUGUGACGUUUAGCAUUACCACUCAAUACCAAGGAACAUGCCGCUGUGAGGGCACCAUCUACCUGUGGAACUGGGACGACAAAGUCAUUAUCUCUGAUAUUGACGGCACCAUUACCAAGUCAGAUGUGUUUGGACAAAUCCUGCCACAGUUGGGGAAGGACUGGACCCACCAGGGCAUUGCCAAGCUCUACCACUCAGUAGCUGAGAAUGGCUACAAGUUCCUGUACUGCUCAGCGCGUGCUAUUGGCAUGGCGGACAUGACAAGAGGUUACCUGCAGUGGGUCAAUGAUGAAGGCACUAUUCUACCCCGGGGACCUCUCAUGCUGUCUCCCAGCAGCCUUUUCUCUGCCUUCCACAGGGAGGUCAUUGAGAAGAAACCAGAGAUCUUCAAGAUUGAAUGCCUUACAGAUAUCAAGAACCUGUUCCAGCAUAACAAGCAGCCAUUCCACGCCGCCUUUGGGAAUCGAACUAAUGAUGUGUUCGCCUACAAGGAGGUGGGAGUUCCAGUGUGUCGGAUCUUCACUGUCAACCCCAAGGGAGAGCUGAUCCAGGAGCAGACCAAGGGAAACAAGUCCUCUUACGGCAGGCUGAGCGAGCUGGUGGAACACGUGUUCCCUCUGUUGAGUAAAGAGCAGAACGAAGCCUUUCUCAUGCCAGAGUACAGCUCAUUCUGUUACUGGAGACAGCCAAUACCAGUCAUCAACCCUGAUGAUCUCCUCUGAUCCAGCUCAUAUGGAUACCCAGGUAUUCAUAUCGCUGCAAUUGGACUGUGCACUUGAAUGCAUCUUUGGGAACUACAUGAACUCCCCUCUCUAGUUCUCAGACACAUACAUGUACAAAAGUCUAUAAUGACUUUGACACAGUAACAGGGUUAUGACUAUAAACACAAAACAGCCUCUAAACUGUAAUAACUUAUUAGAGACGAGUGGUAGUGAUCUCUAGAGUCGUAAAUCCUGGUGAAUAAUCUCUCAAAAUGUUCAUCCUUGGACGACCUUAACACCAAAUAAAUAAUCACCAUUCCUCAUGCCCGUGAAGGCAUCGAAACCCAGUGAGCACUCUUUAGCCCCCUUCACAGAACAGGGAUUUAGAUCGGAGACUUUACUUUCUAUCUCUCUGUACCUUCUAGCCAACAGGGUGGUCUGUAUUUGCCAUUAGGGAAGUGACUGAAGCCCCAUACUAGGUAUGAGCCUCGAGCACUAGAGACGGAGCUGCAGCAGGGAGAUACAUUAUUUUCUUUAAUUUUGUUUUUCAACUCCUAUAAUUGCCCUGAAGAAUUGCAAUUUAAAUUUUAAAGCUAAAUACAAACACUGUUAAUUAAAACGGGACAGGCAAAAUGAACACUGACAGACGAUGACACCACAGUGUUUGUUCCAGCAUUAUUUAGCAGUGGCUGCAAUGUUUGCCUAGAUGGAGGAGAUCCAUGGUUCAUUUGGAGGCUUUUUUUUCUGUUCUAAAGCAUCAAGUUAAAAUGGUAAUGUAGACUGCUAAAAUGCUACACUCCUCCCUACAUUGAAAUGUACAGAAACGCCUACAGUACCUACAGAAACAUGCUGUAGAACAGGUGGGAAUACUGCCGAAGGUGUUAAGUUUUUGUUUCUGACUGUCCACUCUGGACCGACGGUGCUCAUUAGCUGCUGUCGGCAGAACAGAAUUCAGAUCAUCACUUUUUCCCCUCGGAGAGUUUUUGAUGUUCGUACUGAAUGAGUCAUGUUCAGUAUUGUUAAUAUUUAAGGUCAUACCAGGGAUAAACUUUUGCCAACAAGUAUGUGAAGAUCCACACUUCUGAUGUGACUCAAAAACAAAAUGAAGCCGCUUCAUGGUAUGUUGUCUUACUGUUAUUUUAGUAUGUUUGUUCUGUUAUACAAGCUCUGGCGAAUCAAGUAUGUUUUGUUAACAAUGCAGUCAUUAUUUAUGAUAAUUGAUAUGUUUAAGUUAUUUGAUUUCUAUCGUGAUGCCUUUGCUCGUCUGAAAAACUAAUUUAUCACCGAUGCAAUGUUGAAAUACUUCAAAUUGGUAUUUAUGUGACUGGACGAAGCACUUAACCGUAACUAAUAGGCCUUGUACGAUCUUUUUUUUUUCAAAUCUUGUAUCCCAUUUUCACAACGACCUGUAUUCAUUUGUUUUGCAGUGAAUCUUUCAACAUGUAAGGUACACUCACAUUCCUUAGGACGGCAUAGCAAAGUCUCAGCUUGAGGAUUAAAAGACUUGUGUAAAUGUAAAUUAUGUUGCUUGAGUUGAACAGUUGAAAGAAGCAGAUUUGAACAGAUAACAAUGAAGGAUGUUAGCUUGCGAGGACUUCUUUAAUGGGACUUUUUGAGUGAUUUAACUGUGUGUUAAACGUGUGUGUGCAUAAUCGCUGAGUGCUGCUGUUUGGGGUGACAGCAUCACUCAACCUUUGCUUACGUUCCCUCAGUGGCUUUAUCGAGACUUUUUCCAACGCACUUUUGUUCAAGCUGCACCCAGAGACACAGCUCAGAGCGCCUCUCACCCACAUGCACUUCACCAAAGGUCUUCAUAGAUUACAGACCUAAGUAUGCAAUUAAAGCAGGAUGGAGGGUUCUCGAUUUACCUCUUUGUUGUGCGAGUGUCACCUCGGAGAGAAAUACUUUGAAUUAUGUUGAUAAAAGCAAUUAUUGAAAAUGGGUUUGUACUUGUAGUUUGCAAGGAAAAAUUUGAGGAUUAAAAACAAAAUUAUGUUUGUAUUGGGUGCUAACAGAGUUAACCCUUAGCCUCUGUGUGUAUAUGAGUUUUUGUGUGUGUGUGUGUGUGUGUGUGUGUGUGUGUGUGUGUGUGUGUGUGUGUGUGUGUGUGUGUGUGUG